GUUUGCUCUCAAGUCAGCGAAAAGCCGGCCUACAUAUCAAAUGAUGAACUCAAGCGCCUUAUUCUAAACGUUGCAGACGGUUUCCUGUUUGUGGUGGGCUGUGACAGAGGCAGGAUACUCUACGUCUCUGAGUCGGUCAAGGACAUUUUACAUUAUUCUCAGUCUGAUCUCAUUGGCCAGAGCUUGUUUGACAUCUUGCACCCACGUGACAUCAGCAAAGUCAAGGAGCAAUUAUCUUCAUCAGAUCUGACGCCACGGGAAAGGCUCAUCGAUGUCAAAACUAUGCUUCCCGUGAAGACUGAGUACCCCCAGAAGCCCACGCACCUCUGCUCCGGUGCACGAAGAUCAUUCUUCUGCCACAUGAAGUGUGCAGGAAAAGUCAAUUCUGAUCUUGCUGCCUCUAUGAAGGUCAAGAAAGAGCUACUUGAAAUCACAUAUCACCGGAAACGGAAGUCGGAACGUAAGAACUACAAGGUGAUCCACUGCACGGGGUACCUCAAGUCCUGGAGUAAAGCCAAGAUUGGCCUGGACGAAGACAGCGAGGCCGAUAACGACUGCUCAAUCCUGAACUGUCUGGUGGCCGUGGGCAGGGAACAGCUGCCCUUUAAUCCUUACUUGGGGGAGGAGAGCAGUCAUAUCAAAGUUCGAGCUAUGGAAUACAUGUCCCGACAUAAUGUUGAUGGCAAGUUUACCUAUGUCGAUGAGAGGGCAACGGUUAUUCUCGGCUACCUCCCACAAGAGCUUCUUGGCACCUCAGUCUAUGAGUACUACCACCAGGAUGACAUCCCUGCCUUAGGUCAAGUCCAUCGAAAAGUCUUGUCCUCCAAAGAAAAAAUCGAAACUGAUGUGUACCGGUUCAAGGUUAAAAACGGAACUUUUCUACAUUUGAAGUCUCGGUGUUUUGGCUUUCGUAAUCCUUGGACUAAGGAAGUGGAGUAUAUCGUGUCUACGAAUACUGUUGUUCAAAUGCAAGAGGUAACUAGUUCUGGUCAAAUGUACGACACAGCGGUCUCAUUAACAGAGGACAAUAAUGAAUUUCAACCAAUGGAGAUCCUGUGUAA